AUGCGACGCGCAGCAUCUCCAUCGAUGACAACAUCAACUUCAUCAUCACCAACAAAGCGCCCUAAGGUGAUCGCGUCUCGCAACACAACAGUAAAUGUUGACGAGAUGAACACUGGGCAAGAUGUCGUGACAAUACCUCGUUCUUAUCAAACUGAACUAGUGGAACAAGCUAAGGAAGAGAAUUUGGUUAUUUGUCUGCCUACUGGUAGUGGGAAAACUUACAUAGCUGUAAUGCUUAUCAAAGAAAUGGCAAAUGUGAUCCGUACGAGUAUCGAAGAUGGAGGCAAACGAACCGUAUUCCUUGUUAAAACAGUUGCACUUGUCCAACAACAAAGUGAUUAUAUUCGUAUUCAUACAGAUUUAAGUGUCGGUAAAUAUUACGGUGAAUUGGGUGUUGAUUUAUGGGAAAAGCAACGAUGGAUCGAUGAAUUUGAACAUCAUCAAGUACUUGUAUUCACUGCUCAAGUCUUUCUCAAUCUAGUCGAUCACAAUUAUUUUCCCUUAUAUAAAGUCAAUUUAUUAAUUUUCGACGAAUGUCAUCAUUCUGAAGGAGAGAAUUGUUAUGCAGCAUUGAUGAAACGGCAUUAUGAUUCAUGUCACGAUCCACCACGUAUACUAGGUUUAACAGCAUCGAUAAGUGCUAAAAAAAUCAUGCCAUUCCAAUUGAAUCAAGCUGCCAAAGAUAUUGAAAAUAUUUACAGAGCUCGGGUUGCUAGUAGUUCAAAUCGACAAGAAAGUAAUCGACAUGGUACAUCGGUUCAAACAAUUGAAUCGAUUCUACUUGAUCUUCAGCCAUAUUUGAACGAACAAAAAGCAGAAGGCAAAAAGAUUGAGCAUGAUCUUGUCGAUCUAAUGCUCACUACAGACUAUCUGGGCCUUAAUCUAGAUGAAUAUAAUGCUCGUUCAGUGGACUAUACAAUAUAUCUGCAAUCAGAAUAUGUUAAUAUAUCUCGACUCAAACAUUAUCUUAUGAAUUUAAUACAUACGGGCUAUGAACUUGGCAUCUAUGGUCUCUUUUUAGCAGCUGAAGCACUUCAAAAAGUCCUUAAAUCAUCUCAAGCACUCAAUUUAAUUCCUGACUUAAAGGGAAAAGAAUUAUUCAAUAAUUCAUUACAACGUAUUGACUGUCUCGUUGAUGAUAUUCUUCGAAAUUUAGUCGACAUCAAUCAGAACAACUAUGAAAUUCUCUUCAGUUCAAAACUAUUCAAUUUAUUUCAAUGUAUCAAAAAUUAUAUUGACAAAGAUCAGCUUGGUCGUUGCAUUAUAUUUGUUGAACGCAUCUAUACAGCAACUAUUUUGAGUAAUAUCUUGGCUUUUCUUGGCGAGAAAUGCUUACCGGAGAACAAGAAUUGUCUCAAAAUAAAAUACCUCACUGGACCCAAAGCAAGUAUAGGACAAGCGACAAUGACAGCCAAAUAUCAGGUUUUAAUCAGCUAA